AUGACGAUAUGCAGGGCAACAGAAUCGCAGAUUCAGGCAGAUCUAAUCUCUCCUAGCGAAUUCAACGCCAUCGACGCAUCGAUAGAGCGUGUCAUUAAUGCCAAGCACGACAACAAUGGCAAGAUUGACUACUGGGAACUAGAACGCAAACUCGACGAAGUACAUAAGGAGGUCGCACUGAAAGCACAACCACACCACCUUCACCAUGAAUCACGAACAGAAGCGCGACAAGAGUUUCUUCGAAGCGUGAUCGUAACUCGCGAUGAUCACAUCGACGAGUCUAAGUUUGCGGAGAGCGUGAAGAAAUGGGAGAUACCUCCACUGGAGCAAGAUCGGAAGGAAGCAAAACAGGAAGACGGCUACUGGAAGCAGAAGUCAAUUUGGGGACGAGCACGCGCCUAUUGGGCUAUCAAGGGACCAGAGAUUGCAUUAUUGACUCUUGUCGCAACCUUCAUGGUCGCGUUCGGCGUGUGA